GAAAAUAUCCCCCACAAUUACCCCAAAUUCCCCAACGUUCUCACUUCUCUCAGUUUCUCUCUCAUUAACUCCCUCAUCUCAUCUUUCUCAGUCCCGAACGGCCGGAACCCCCGCGCCGUCGCAUCGCUACCUCUCCCUCGCCGUUGCUCUGUCUCCUCUCGGACUUCUCCCUUGCCGUCGUUCCGCCUCAACUGGUGAAGGGUUACCGGCCCCUGAAAACUGCUAGAACUGAUAGUCAUCGGUAAACCAACUGAAAACCACACCAUCAACUCGGCUUUCAGUUUCACUGUUUGAAAACCAACGGUGGUUGGUUGCAUCACUGAACCGACCAAAGCCGGCUGUUUUUAACCGAUGACAGCCCUACAAUUAGGCAUAAAAUGAUGACCAGGGUUCAAAGUCCAAAUCCCCAACAAGGCGAACAUAUCAUUGCAAUGAUUCAAUCCAACGACACAACCUCAAGAGAAAGUCAACAACAAUGUUCAAUGAUAGUCAAGUUGGUAAUCCAACAAGACACAUUGUUUUGUUGUUGACCAAGCCAUCCUAUGCCCUAGGCCUGGGUUCCAAGCCCUUGAGGGCUGAAAACCAUGCUCGGUUGAACAACCUUUUGCGGAAGCUCGUGAGGCAGCAAAACUGGACCGAAGCAAGUGGCGUGCUGAGUGUGUUGUUGAAAGGGACUGGCAAAGACAAGUCACUGCCCAACAACUGCUUCAAGUGUGCUGCAUUGAUGGAUGUUCUUUCACAUGUGAGAGCUGACUACUUUAACGCCACUCGGAUAAAAAACAUUUAUGAUGUUUGGCUGAAAAAGAUUGGAAUGCCAAAAGGUCGGCUAGUUGAGGAUAAAUUUAUGGUUCAUUUGGAGUUCAUCUUGUUCUGUCUUUCAGAAGGGAAUGUUGAGGAUGGCCAUCAGGCUGCUCUAAGAUUUGACGCAGACGCUAUGGCUGAAUAUAAUGACUACUUAUGAAUUUCAUGUGGCUUAGUUGUUGCUGGUUGGUGGUCAAGUUGAUGAGGCCCUAAAUGAGCUUGAAGUCUGCUGUAAUUCAAACGCAGCACUCCUCACUGCAAGGGAAUUCAGGAUUGAACAUCCCUUCUCCUGUUCUCGGUUCCCUCUAUCAGAAGAAAAUUUUGGGCUAGCUUCUAGAACUGGGCUUGAAAAUGAAAGAAUGAUAACGGCUGAUGUGCCCUCGUGGAUGGAAAGAUUGGUUGAAUAUUUAUUCUUUGAUAAACAAAACCUUUUAUUGAUAAAAUAAUCAAUAUAAGGGAACAGAUGAUAAAGUAUCCCAGGAAAAAAAAAAAACAGAGAGAGGGAGAGAUUAGUUGACAGUAAAUAAUAUCUGGAUUUAAAUAAAAAUACCAGGCUCAUUUGAUGGCACUGCUCCUCAGAGUAUGGGUCUUGUUAUUUGAACUGUUUGCUUUAGUACGUUUCUUGUAGUGUGCAGCAGUCUGAGAUAAACACUACUUGUAUAAACUACUUUAAGUGCCUCCUGAUGGUUUGCUGCCAACUCCGUAACAGAUUUUAUUUUGAAUCACAGCUUCUUGGUGUGUAAUUCAAAAUAUUUUAAUUCAUUAUGACUUGCAAACUUAUUAUUUAAAACUUCUAUUGCUAUUUAUCAUUUUGUGAGCAAUAAGGUUUUCCUUUCGUGUUAAGCAGUUCCAUUUGGAUA